CAACACGCAUUGAUUUGUCGGGUCGGCUAGCCGUGUGUGUGAUAAAGAAAAAAAGGAAAAAUUUGUGAAUGGAAAAUUCUUAAAAAAUCCAAUGGAAAAUAUAAAAAGGUCUUAAAAUAUUAAAAAAAUAUGUUGCACAAAUGAAUUUACAAAAUUUGUUUAUAUAAAAAUAAAGCCCAUGAUGAUAAAAUGAGGAAAAGCACCAUUGAAUGAAACAAAGGAAUUAAGGGCUAGUGUCUGGGGAGAAAAGUGAAUCUUUUCAAAGAAAUUAAAAAAAAAACUCGAAUUUUGCUAAGAAAAUUUAUUCAGCAACAAAUUUUAAGAAAAGUGAGAUUUAUACCAAUAAAUUUUUUAUUAAACCCAAAUCCAUGGGAAAAUAUCAGCCUAUAAAGGAGACCAACCAACAUGAAGAAAAAUCUAUUAUAAUUUUUGUACAUACACAAACACUCACUCACACUCAACUCGUUAGAAAAAAUGGCUGCGUAGUAUAAAAACGAAACAAAGGAGCAACGACUACAAAGCAGAAGAACAAGAAGAAGCACAACAACGUUGGCCACCAUGCAAAAACACCAAACACUUUUUUAGAGCACAAUUUUGGCUGCUCUUUAGUGUGUGUUUGACACCAACAACAAAAAAACAGUUCGUUGCCAUAUUAUAAGUAAUGGGGAAAAACUUCCAUGCCGUACCGUUAUAAAUUAUUUAAAAAAAAAAUAACCUUACACUUCAGUGAGCCCGAAAAAAGAACCAAGUGGCAGAGAGAGAGAGAGAGAAAGAGAUAAAGAGAGAGCUCUUUGGAAAAUCUGAGAGGUUUUUUUGAAAGAAGAUUUCGAGAAAUAAUAACAGAUGAGUGUUGAGUGGCUAACGGUAAAUUUUUCCAUAAAAGCGGUUUGUUAAACGUGUUUCUUCUUGAGUGCAAAUAAAUUUGCUCUCUCGCUCUGUAAUAUAAUUGGCGGCGGCGACAUUAUAAAAACAAAUACGAAAAUCCUUAUAAAAACAAAACGAAUAAUUGAUCAGAAGUAAAUGAAACAAAAAGAAAAUUUCUAUUGACGACAAAGAAGAGAGAGAGAAAAAAAAAACUACCAGGAAUUCAAACGCGAAUUCAAAUUAAAAACGAACCUAACAUAAAAAAUUCCAUUUGUCCGACACACCGUAAAACUGGCACCGAUAUUGAUAUCCUCCUCCAGACUUGCAAGUGUUUCCAAACACCCAGAUACCUAGCAAGUGAUGCAAACAAGCGGCGGCACCGCUGCUGCUGCUGCUGCCGCUGUUCGCCUGGAGAGUGCUUUAAAUGUCAAUAAUAUCUCUGCAUUUAAUGGUAGUUUGGCUGUUAGCAGCGUUGGUGGAAUUGUUGGAAUUGGUGGCGUUAGUAACAGUGUUUCCUUGUUGCAUGAGACCUCGACGGCCACAGCUGCCACCCUAACGAAAUUAUCCUCCAAUUCACCGCAUUUAAUGUCACCUACCCAUACGGCGGGCAUUGGCGUUGGUGUUGCUGGCAUGGUCUAUGGAAAUUCAAGCAUAAAUAAUAUGAGUUCGGUGGGUGGUGCUGGCGGUGGCUCCUCUUCGGUUAUAUGCAGCAGCGAUAGUGGCAUAUCGUCGAUAAUCUCGUCCACACCCUCAUUGACACAGCUUUCACCUCCUCCCGUGGUCUCGAAUGCCGUUUCACUGGCGAUUUUGGCCUCCAGUGUUAUAACAACCUCCAGCAGUAAUGCCACCAUGACCACCAACAACAAUGGCAGCACUCCCGGCAGCGGUAGUGGCAGUGGGGGACGUUGUAGUCCCAUUAUCGGCGGUAUAACGGCAAAUUUAACCAAUGGUCUGGCCUCUUCCUCCUGCAUUUAUGGCUCGGCUCCUCCUGCGAAUGCGGCUUCAACAUCCGGCAGUCCUUUGCUCUUUGCGGAACGCACCUCGCCCGCCUUGAGUAUGCUGAGUAGCGGAAAAUCAAAGACCUUGAGCCCUCUACAGAAUGCUUCCAUUGGUGGUGUAUCACUGGCUUCUUAUGCCUCGGGUAGUCCUGCCCCGGGAUGCGUUACGGCGGCGGUUGUGGCAUCUUCGGCAAUCAGCACCCAGUCAUCGCAAACUGCCUCUGCCUCCAACUACUUGAAUACCAUUAAAAUGCUGGGACCUGCCGCUUCGAUAGAUUUGGGCUCUUCACCACUGACGCAUCGGAAUUAUCCUACCAUUAAAGGUUUUACGUUUCGUAGAAGCUUUGAUGAUAAAAUAAUUGCCGUGUCCACAUCUGCGGCCGUUGGGCCGGUCAGUAGUCAGUCACAAACGUCGCUGGGUGGUCCGGCUGUUUCGGUUUCUCCCUACCUCUCGCAUUUCCCGGCCACGGCCUCACACCAUCAUCACUAUCAUCAUCAUUUGCAGCAACAGUCCCAGCAAAUACCCCAUUUCGCCCAUUAUCAUCCCCAGCAUCCCUCCCAUUUACAUCAAAAUCAUCUGCACCAUCCAGCGGCGGCGCAUAUGGCCGCUUUGCAACAUCAUCAUCAUCAUUUGGGAGGCGGAAGUGGUGGCAGUGUCGGCAGCGGCGGCGCUGGUGGUGGUCCAUUCCAUAGUAAUUUCAUGUCAUCUGCGGUCAAACAUUCCGUCGCCUCUGCCAACGUUGCCCCCUUCUUUCCUCCACCGUUGUAUGCGCCAUUGACAUCGUCGCAGUCGACCACCAAACUAUCGCAUCGUGAUGACUUCUUGCAACAAAUUGGAUAUUUGCCAACAACACGUAUUUAUAGUACUCCAUCCAGUCUGGUGGAUGAGGAUAAGGCACAGCAGGACUUUUUGUCAUUAUCCUUGUCGCCCCCAUUGAACCGCCGCCGUGAUAUGCCUGCAUUGCGUGGACCAUACGUUAGUCUAUCUGAACCUCGUGGUACUUUGAGUACAACCGAUGAAAUAUUCCCAGAUUCACCGGAUAGCAGCCUAUAUGGUUCUGAUGAAGAGCAAGAGGAUGCAGCACAAUAUUGUCGCGGUGGCUAUCAUCCCGUAGUUAUAGGUGAUAUAUUUGAUAAUCGGUUUCGAGUGGUGAGAAAACUGGGAUGGGGUCACUUUUCCACCGUUUGGCUAUGUCGAGAUCUAAAAGAAGAAAAAUAUGUAGCUUUAAAAGUGGUGAAAAGUGCUCCACAUUAUAUUGAGACUGCAGCUGAUGAGAUACGCCUUCUCGAGGCUAUUCGUGAUGCUGAUCCCCUGGAUGUUAAACGUGAACGUAUUGUGCGGCUGCUCAAUCACUUUACGGUGCGUGGUGUCAAUGGUGUUCACACCUGUUUGGUUUUUGAGGCCUUGGGCUGUAGCCUCUAUAAACUGAUUGUGAAAAACAAUUAUCAAGGCUUGGCCUUGGCCCAAGUGCGAAACAUUAUCAAACAGGUGCUGGAAGGUCUGGACUAUUUGCAUAGUAAAUGUAACAUCAUACACACCGACAUAAAACCGGAAAAUAUACUUUUGGUGAUUGACAAUGCGGCGGCCAUGAACCAACAAAUCGAUGACGAAAUAACCAGUUUAAGGAUAAAGGGUGUGGACUUUCCUGAUUCGUAUAUAAGUUCGAUAGAGAAACAAACGAAAACCCGAGCGAAAUGGCCAUUACAAAACAUCGAAAUGAAUGCAGCUAAUACAACUAACACAAAUACGGCUAAUAACUCUGCCUCAUCGACACCAUUGCCACCGCCGCUGGGUGCAGCGGGCAGCAAUUUAAGCGGCGAUAAAGACGACACAUCAUCGAUAGCCUCCAAAUACUCCAGUCUUAUGGGUGAUAGUAUAGAUGGCGGCAGCAGUGCUGGAGGAGGAGGCGGCAUGACUAAUGCAACAAAUUCAUCAACCACAGGAAAUCUUAAUAACCGUUUUCGAGCCGAAAAGAAAAUCACUGCCAAGCCCGACGAUGCAUCGCCGAAUGAAAUUGGCCCCCAUGAUGAUGAGAAUGCAAAUAUGGAAAAUGUCAAAAGUUGCAAUGAUUCUGAAAUAAGUGAGGCUACAAGCACUUCCCAUAACAACCAACCGCCCACUGCCGAAGAUGAGCACAAAUCCCCCAUGUUGGCACAAACAAGCGAAACAAAAGCAACAAGCACACCGCUAUCUCCAAUUAAAAUCCCACCCUCUGAUGCAGCUUUGACAAAUACAUUGCCCUCGGAGGCAACGGCAUUAGCAAAUACCAACACCACCAUUGCCAUUACCACAAGCACAAUAGAAACGGGAGCAAAGACAACUACAACACCAACAUCACUACAAGCACCAACCUCAUUAUCAUCAUCUUGCUCCACUGCCAUGACGGGAAUAAUGGCGACAGCCACUACAGCAAAUGCAUCAUCGAUAUUAAAGCCGCCCACUGAAACUACCACUACCACCAAUAAUACCACCACCACCACCACCACUUCAGGUUCUGAUAUACAAGAACAAACGAGUAAUCAAUUAAAUAAUACCAAUACCAAUACAAUUCCUCAGACACAAUCCUAUACGAAUGCCAUACAAUCGCUGAUCAACAAUACAAACGUGCGAGUGAAAAUCGCUGAUUUAGGCAAUGCCUGUUACGAGUACCAUCAUUUUACUGAAGAUAUUCAAACGCGACAAUAUCGUUCAAUCGAAGUCCUUUUGGGAGCUCCUUACAAUUAUACAGCAGAUAUUUGGAGUACUGCUUGUUUGGCGUUUGAAUUGGCCACUGGGGAUUAUUUAUUUGAUCCCCAUGCUGGUGAGACCUAUUCAAGAGAUGAGGAUCAUUUGGCUCACAUUGUUGAGUUAUUGGGCACAAUACCACCGUCGGUAAUAUUUCGGGGAAAGCAUGGCGUAAAAUAUUUUACAAGUUAUGGCGGUCUACGAAAUAUAACAAAACUAAAACCAUGGAGCCUCAUAAAUGUGCUAAUAGAGAAAUACGAUUGGGAUCCUAUAGAAGCUAAAAAAUUCUCCGAUUUCCUGUUACCAAUGUUGGAGUAUAAUCCCGUUAUAAGAGCAUCAGCAGCAGAAUGCCUCAAUCAUCCAUGGCUGGAGGAGAAAGAAGAAUUUGUUUAAGAAUUUUUAUAUAAUAUUUUAAAAACGAAAGAAAAAACCGUUAUGAAUUUAAAAAAGAAAAUGAUCGAGUAUUAACUGGAACAGAGAUAAACUUACAUACACAUAAACAUAGUUACAAUACACCCCAAAGAUACACAUACACGAACAUGACACCAAAAAAAAAAUCAUUAAUUCAAAGACAGGAAUAAAUAUAGGCAUAGACAUCCAACAUAACUCAAUAAUGAAAACCAGAAAGACAUACACAUUAACAAAAGUACUACAAUAGUUAGAUGGAGGUUAACCUACAAAACAUACAUACAUACAAUAUAUAAGCGUUUGAUAGCUUUGAUAACUUCUAAUAGCUCUUUUUUGUAUUGAUGAAGAAUAUGUUAAUGAUAUCCACCCUCUAAAAAAAAGAAAUCUCCGAAGACAACAGAAAACAAAAACCUCGUUAAUUUAAAUUACCUACAUAAAUGAAAUAUUAUAGACAAAAAGAAACCAUGCAUAUAUAUAAAAUAACAAAAAAAACAUGUCAUAUAUAGAAUGAAUACGAAAAAA